ACAGAGCACGCCCGGGAUGACACAGAGCACGACCAUGAUGACAAACAACACGACCAUGAUGACAAACAACACGACCAUGAUGACACACAACAUGACCACAGCGCCGAUCAACAUGACGGCAGCACCAACAAUUACCAACACCACAGUGGGGGCUCUUGAGGAACCUCUUAAUAGGACAGGUUGUGGGACCAGACAGCUCUGUGGGUCUGAGCCCUCUGACUGUGACCCCUCAUCAUCAUCGUCGUCGUGUUUCUUUUUGGGUGCAAAGCAGAAGGACGGUAACAACUUUGAGUUUGCCCUCUCAGGGGAGUCUUCUGGCUACAUCGCUACCACGUUGUCAUUUGAUUCCACAGCGGGAAAUAACGACACAACCUACGUCUGCGCAAACAGCAAUGGCAAAGUGUCUUUCAUCAGCGCUCUCCUCAACAACAACGUGCUGCAGAAUACAACUCUGCCUGUGAACUCUGUGAAGGGCCGUGUCAAUGGAAACAAAAUCCAGUGCACGUUUAUUGCCACUCUGCAAACCAUCACGACUAGAGCAGUAGGCGCCACAGUGUCAAUCUCCAAUGGUUCUUUCAACCCUGCUAAUGGUGAUCUGGGAGACCCCCAAAACCAAUUUCAGAGCAAAGUUCCCAACCUGGGCAAUGUUAGUUCUGUCCUCACUAAUGAGCUUUCCAGCACGACCAGCAGCCCCACAACCACUGAUCACGCCAUCACAUUCCAGCAAUCACUGAUGCAAGUUCUGCUGAUCUCUAUGGGCGUAUUCACUCUGGCCAUGGUAUGAAGACCUCCAUGAUUCAAGACAAAAAAAAACAUACCUUCCCUAAUCAUGUUUUGAAUACACUGUAUAUACACUACUCAAUCUAAAAAUUGCAUUUACUGUAGACAGUACAUCCCAAAUUAUCAGGGAUCAUGCUGAAUUUAAAAUCAACUCACUGGAGGUGAAAGUAGGAGUGAUGGAGGGUGGUCAGUCUUCUGACUUUCAGGUGUGUUCUAGAAUCUGAAAGAAAUGAGAGAAUACAUGUUAGAGUUCUUAAUUUAAGGUUAUGUGUCAUCUAUUUUGUCUGGGAAUCAUAGGACCGCAGGAUUUCUGUCCAAUACUAAAUAUCAGGCAAAGACAGAGCCCACAUGUCCAGUACCUUUAUUAUUUAACUUUCAUUUAAUUGAGCUUUCACCAGGCGUUACUGUGACUUGGUAACUCCCCAACAACUUCUGUGGGUUGUAAAUGUUUUGUUUCUUUAUCAAUGUUGCUCUCGAUCUUCGUCACACACUAUGAUGCUAGGAAAUGGCAGAAAUAUGCUUUUGUGUAACCUUCUACUGUAAAUGUGUGUACUUUGCAUGACACAAUGAUGUCUUGAAAAUGAAGCCUUCGGUGGCUGAUACUUGUGGGUGUGCCUGCGCGUGUGCAAUAGCGAAUACAAAUGAGCCAUUGCACAUUCUGAAAGCUUGAUACGAUAUGAAACACUGUUGAAAAUAAUUUUGCACAUUGCAUUAUGUAACGAAGAAGUUUUUACUAAAGAUUUUCAUUAAAAGUUUUAUUUAAACCCAG